AAAUUACCUCCCUUUGUUUGCCACAGAAUAUCACAGUUCACAAAAUUAGGUUGCAUAUUCUUCUAGUCACCGUAUUUAUGAGACUCGCAUCCUUAAAAGAUGAAGACAGAUGAUAAUCUAGUUGAUAAAGUUAUGCGUGAAAUGACAUGUGAACUUGGACAAUUAACACGCUGUGAUGGAGAUGCAUGUUUAAUUCAGGGAGAAACAUGUGUAGCCACUGCUGUUUAUGGCCCAACAGAGGUUCGAAUGAACAAAGAGAUUCUUGAUAAAGCUACUGUAGAAGUUGUUUACAAAUCAAAAGUAGGACUUCCGGGUUGUGCAGAAAAAAUGUUUGAAAGGAUAAUUCGUAACACGUGUGAGACCACGAUUCUUACAACAGCACAUCCUAGGUCUGGUAUAAAUAUUAUUAUCCAAGAAAUGCAAAAUUCUGGUUCAUAUUUAGCAUGCUGUAUAAAUUCAGCUUGUCUUGCUCUGUUGGAUGCAGGCGUUAGUUUGAAAUUUCUUGUGGCAGCAGUUACCUGUCUUAUUAACAAAGAAGGGGACAUUAUUCUUGAUCCAAAUAGCAAACAGGAAAAAGAUGGAAAAGCUUUAUUAACAUUUGUAUUUGACAAUAAAGAUUUCAACAUUGUAACAGUGAAUACCAAGGGAAGCUAUUCAUCAAGACAGUUCAAAGAUUGUACAUCAUUGUGUAAAACCUCAAGCAAACAAGUUUUUGAAUUUUAUAAAAAAUCUAUGGAAAAGUUGUUAAGUAAAGACAAUUUUGUUAAAUGAACAAAA